AUGGCGGAAACUAUAACACUGACAGAGGUAUCUGCAAGUGAUAAGCUAGAAAGUUUUCGAGCAUCAAAAGAGCAUUUUAGAGGAUUAAGUUUUCCUACUAUUUCAUCGGUUGGUCCAAAUGCAGCUAUCAUUCAUUAUUCUCCAGAUGCAGAAACAUGUUCUGAGUUAGAUCCCGAUAGCAUUUAUCUAUUUGAUUCUGGAGCGCAGUAUCAAGAUGGAACAACUGAUAUAACUCGAACUGUUCAUUUUGGAAAACCUUCGUCACAUGAGAAAGCAUGCUAUACUGCGGUUCUCAAGGGUCAUAUCAGUCUGGGUAAUGCUCGAUUUCCUAGUGGAACCGCUGGACACACACUUGACAUUCUUGCUCGUGUCCCAUUGUGGAAGGAUGGCCUUGAUUAUCGACAUGGAACUGGUCAUGGAAUUGGAUCUUACCUUAAUGUUCAUGAAGGACCCCAUUUAAUUAGUUUCAGAACGCCUGCUCGGCAUGUGCCAUUACAAGCUUCAAUGACUGUAACAGAUGAACCUGGUUACUACGAGGAUGGGAACUUUGGCAUAAGAUUGGAGAAUGUCCUCGUAAUCAAGGAGGCUGAUACAAAAUUCAAUUUUGGUGAUAAGGGUUACUUGGCAUUUGAACACAUAACAUGGGCACCAUACCAAAAAAAGUUGAUUGACCAGAGUCUUUUAACGCCUGAAGAGAUAGAAUGGGUGAACUCCUACCAUUCCACCUGUAGAGACAUUCUGGCCCCAUACCUGGAUGAGUCCGAGAUGGCAUGGCUGAAGAGAAGUACUGAACCCCUAAGUGUGUGACUCGCUCCACAUGCCCUUCUGUUCUUCCAAUAAAAUGCAUGUUAGUAUCGUCCUGGGGUAAUUCUGCUUUCUAGUUUAAUCAAGGUUAUUUAUAUACACUUGAUUUUCUUGUUUAUCUGUUUUGGAUGCUCAUAUGAAUGCAUGGGAGAUUGGUAAUCCUUUUGGGAUUUUGAAUCUUUUGGUGAAUGAAGUUGAUUGUUAUGUUCCAUGAUUCGUUUUUGGGAGACUCUACUGAGGUC